AUGCGUUUCUUACAGGACAUUGUGACACUUGUAAAGGAACCACAACAGUUGCCCAGGAUCCCUCUUUCAUGGUUCCUCCCGAGCCUGUUUGCUGCCUUCAAUGUAACACUGCUGGUGUUUUUGAGUGGCCUUUUCUUUGGAUUUCCUUGUAGGUGGCUGGUUCAGAACGGGGAGUGGGCCUUUCCUGUGAUCACAGGCCCACUCUUCAUCCUCACCUUCUUCACCCUGGUCUCGCUCAACUUCUCAGACCCUGGUACCUUACAUCGAGGCUCCAUCCGUGAGGACCCCAUGACGGUACAUGUGGUGCGCGUGAACCAAAGGGCUUUCCGCCUGGAAUGGUGCCCGACAUGCCUCUUCCAUCGCCCACCCCGCACCCAUCACUGCCCAUGGUGCAACAUUUGUGUGGAGGACUUCGACCACCAUUGCAAGUGGGUCAAUAACUGCAUCGGUCACCGCAACUUCCGUCUCUUCGCGCUGCUGGUCCUGUCCCUCUGUCUCUACUCAGGAGCCCUGCUGGUCACCUGCCUGACGUUCCUAAUUCGCACAAGGCAUCUUCCCUUCUCUCUGGACAAGGGGAUGGCCAUCCUGGUGGCUGUGCCGGCUGCGGGCUUCCUGAUGCCGCUCUUCCUGCUGCUGCUGAUCCAGGCCCUAUCUGUGAGCCGGGCGGAGCGCUCCUACGAGAGCAAGUGCAGGUACCAUCAAGAAUACAACCCCUUUGACCAGGGCUUUGCCAAGAACUGGUAUCUAAUAAUGUGUGCACCACUGGGUCCCAAUUACAUGUCUGAAGUUGUCUGUCUGCAAAGACCAGUUGGGACAGGAUGGAUCCAUGAGAAGACAAAGUACUCACCGUGUCCUCCUAAACACUGUAGCCCAGAUCCUCCGGGGUCCCAGCUCCUACCUCAGCACACACCAGGGAAGGGGCCCCCAGGGAGUGGCGAAGGAGCAGCUCUGCAGGAGAGGAGAAGGCUGCCUGCAUCUGUGGAAAAGUCCCCAGGAGGUCCACGCCAACUCAUGGCUGAACCUGCUAUUGGAGACCCCUAGAUGAAGCUCACCCCGGUGCACACAGAGCCAGG